AAUUUUCCUUCUGUAUUCAGGUGAUGUGCAAAAAGUGAGAGAUCUAAUUGAUCACGGCUUGAGCUAUGUGGAUAUCAAAAAUGACAAUGGAUGGUCGCCCAUAUUGGUAGCUAGUCGAAGUGGUGACGUGGACAUGAUAAAAACACUAUUAUCCUAUGGAGUUAACUUACAUGUUAGGAACAAUGAAAAAGUUACUCCCCUCUUUGCAGCGGUGCAAGCUGGUCAUGAAGCAGCCUCGCGGGAGUUAAUCGCAAAUGGAGACGAUGUCAAUGCAGCAAAUUUAUUUGGAUGGACUCCGCUCCAUAAAGCAGCACAGACGGGUCGGUUGGAAAUCAUUAAAUUGUUAAUUAAAAGUGGUGCCGAUAAACAUGUGAAACUCCCAAAUGGGCUGACGGCAGCAGAGAUAGCUGCACAACAUGGUCAUAACGAUAUUGCAGAGCUGCUGAACAGAGACAGUACACAAACUCAAGUAUCAAAAAUUGCUUCAGAAUUCAAAUCAUCACUUAGACCGUCACAACAAGCCUGUGAAGUGUACAUGAAGAUGACAGCAAAUACCAUUUUGAGCGUCGCUUCUGUACCGGCAAACGAAGGAGAAUUUCCAUGGAUGGCUGCUUUAGGUUUUCUUCACCACGAAAAGGCGGCCCAUUGUGUACCACGCAUUCGUCCGCCAACUGUCGUUCGAUUGGGAAAAGUGAGUCUUCUCGAUGACGAUGACAAGGAGCCAGACAAUUAUGAUAUUCGGGAGAUUAUACGCCAUCCAGAAUACUCGGAAGAUACAAAAAAGCAUGAUAUUGCAUUGAUUCGAGUCACCAGACGCAUUUAUUUCACCAGUUUCGUGUCACCGGCAUGCCUACAAACCGAUGUUCGCGAUGAAAAUGCGGAUGUAAAAUUGAUUGUAACGGGUUGGGGAUACACAGAUGCCAACCAAACGUCUCCGUCAAAUGUUCUGCGUAAGGCGGAAUUGACGUCGAUGCCAUGGGAUGAAUGCAAUGCAAAGCUAUUGGAAUUUAAUCGAGAAGCAAGUGAAGAAGCUCUUCGAGAUGGCCUUAACCGUGGACAGUAUUGUGCAUACGAUCCACAGGGUAUCAGUGACAGCUGCUAUGGAGACAGCGGAGGACCAGUACAGCACUUUAAAAAUUCUCGCAUUUCUACGGUUCUUGGAGUUAUUUCAUUUGGUUUCGGUUGCGGGAAAGGGCUUCCGAGUAUCAACACCAGAGUUGCUUACUAUUUGGACUGGAUUGAGUCUAUCAUUUGGCCAAAUGGAUUUACUCUCCCGAAAUUUAUCUGAAUACCAGUGGAACGUUUGAUUUAAAGGCCAUAAAAUAUUGUGUAUCAUGCUUUUUUGAAUAUUUUCGGAUGAAAAAUAAAAAUACAAUCAAAAUGAAUAAAUUACUUGUUCAUAGAA